CAUGCCGGGGAAAGAUGGCUCUAAAAAUGUUCCGAUUCUCCCGUCUCUACUGCAGCAUCUCGCUUCCAGCGUUUCCCCAGCCGUCAUUGUCAGAGCGGCGUACGUUAGAUUGUCCCUGUGAGAAAUUUGAAUCUUCGAGAGAGUCCUUAUCUGCAAAAGGAAAUCAACGGCGGAAAUGAAAGCGAGAAUCCCGGAGCUUCAGAACCCGAAAAAUACUUGUUAGUUCUUCUUCCAGCUGCUAUCUCGUCAUGGCCUCCUUCUCUGCAACUCUCUCUCACCAUCCCUUCUCACCUUUCCCUCAUUCCUUUCGGAAAAUCUCCCUUCCAAACACCCCAUCCAUCAUCCCUCCACCAAAUGCAGCCGAUCCCGAUAAGGAUAAGAUCGUCCAAACAGCCAACGAAGAGCCUCCCAAACCCGUUUCUGCGACUCCCACAAAGCCCAAGAAACCCGUCUACUCCAUGAAGAAGGGGCAAAUCGUGAGGGUUGACAAGGAGAAAUACCUCAACAGCGUCAAUUAUCUGUCUGUGGGGCAUCCACCUUACUACAAAGGCUUGGACUAUAUUUAUGAAGACCGUGGAGAGGUCUUGGACAUGCGCAUGUUUGAGACGGGGGAACACGCACUUAUUGCCUGGGUUGGAAUCCCGACUGCACCUGCUUGGCUUCCAACAGACAUGCUUAUCAAGUCAGAUAAGCUUGAUUACGAGAGGAUCUGAUUUAAGGCUCCAACUGGGAAUUAUUAAGAAUCAUUUUAUAGAUGCCCGUUGCCCUCUACAGGCCACAAGAAGAGGUUCUCCCAAGUGGUGCUUGAUUUUUUUGAUAGCACAGAGCUAAUUGUAUCUUAUCAAAUGUACCAGCUGAUUAUAUUGUGAAAUGCAUAUCAUUUACUUU